UCCCCAGUGUGUAUGUGGAUCUAUCGAGAUCUGUCAGUUUGCAGAAAGUGUCAGAAAGAUGAAAUGGUUUGUCGUAAUUCUUUUUUUUUAUUGUUGCGUUGCUGUAUCAUCUCCGAAUUUCCGCGAUUGGCCACCUCUAUUGAGUGACCUUUCAAAGAUCAAUGGCUCUUGGAAUGGAUAUAAAAAAGCAAACAUGUUUUUCAACCUUUCGUGUUUAACCUACAAUAUAACAUGUGCUGACAAAGAAUGUAUCAUAACUAUGAUUCGCAAUUACCAAGAAGAACCAGGUAAUGCUAGCUAUGCCAUACAACUAACUAACAAUGGUUCAUUCGUAAUGAAUAACUAUCACGAAUUCUACUUUAAUAUUAGCCAGUAUUCAGAUUAUAAUUCUUUAAUUGUGUGGAAGGUUGGACCUGUUUCGGAUUAUCUUUUUGUCCUGAUGAAGGAUCAGAACAAGGAUAUGAACACAGAAAUAGAUAAGACGAUUUUGAAGUAUAAUAUCAAGAACACUGAUAUAAAGAAAAUUGAUCACUCUCAAUGUGGAUCAGGAAAUAAGAUUACAUUUUCCCCAAUUCUGCUUGUACUUUCAGUACAUAUCAUAACGUUGUUUGUAUCAAGAAUUUGUACUUGAAAUUGUUAUUGUUGUUUGUGUUGAGCAAUGAAAAAUGUAUGUGAACUAUGAGAAAUGACAGCUAAAAGAUGUUACUAGAUGAUUCAAUAAUUGCAGUUGAGCUUUUUUAAUAGUAAUCAUGAAGUUGUACAGUGUAUUCAAUACUGUUUGGAACCGCUUUUGAUUUGAUCUCACGGAGUUUCACUUCUGCUAAUAAUAAAUAUUAUUUUGUAAUUGUA